UUCUUCAACUCGAGGAACAUAGUGUAACUCUGCCUUGUCGACACAGCCUCUAUGUGGUCCUUCAGUUCCACAGUUUGUGGUUGCGCAGACAUUGUGAUGGGAGUUGAUAAAGCAAGCAUAGAGGCCGUUGUGGACCGCCCUUGAAAACCUCAGCCUUGUCCAAAUUUCACAGCAUGGCAGCACAACGACAGCCAACUGGGCGCCCCACCACUCCCACCUCGGCACAUUCUCAUCCAAACCCUACUCCGACUGGUUCGCCCAGGCAAAAUGCAGCUGUCGAGCUCCAGGAUAAGCCCAUGUUUCAGCCCGAGGACGAAGAGGCAAAGAGGUCACUGCAGCGUGAAUCAGAAAGACAAACUUGGUUCCAGAGCAAAGCGAAUGAAUAUCUGAAUAUCCCCAAUGGGUAUCUCAAAGUGGCAGUUUUGAUAAUUCGCUGGCAUGAAGGCAUAGAUGAAUUCAAGGAGGGUCAUGAUCAGGAAAUCGCAAGAUUGCAAGGGAUACUGGAAACAAAAUUCAAUUAUCAAUGUGACAUUGCUCGGCUAGAGAAUUCCAGGAACCCCCAAGUCGAUUUGAAAUUGGAGAUUCUGCAACACAUUCGCAAACAUGACGGACCCAACAAUCUUUUGAUCAUCUACUAUACUGGUCAUGGACAGGUGAUAGUGGAUCAUGACGAAUCUCGAUUGGAACUGUCAGCAACACAUAAUGCCGAGCAAAGAAAGGGUGCCUACAUUCCAACAGCAUUCUGGGACAAGGCUGAGGCUCCGCUCAAGGAGGACGCUGUCGGUGAUGUGCUUUCGAUCCUGGACUGCUGCUUUGCCAGUAGCGCUGCGCUUAAGAAUAGAGCUGAAGAGUUCAGAACCUACCAGCUGUUAGCUGCUUCUGCCGUAGAAAGCCCAACGAAUGAACCUGGAAAGAAUUCAUUCACCACCGCAUUGAUCGACUCAUUGGAAGAGUUACUAGACGAGUAUAAGAAGGAAUGCUUUCCAGUGACAAAGCUAGUGGAAAAGAUAAAUAUGAAAAGAACGAGGUCGCCUGCCUUAAUCUGGGACCGUCUUCGCCGGUACAAACGCAACGUCAACCUAGCUCCUUUAGAUCCUAAGCCAACGCAAGAAAGGGAAAGAUCAUUCCAGGGUGGCGACCCCGAGCGAUCCUCUCUAUCGCUCCGGCUCUCUCUCACAGCGAACGACCUGACUAAAAAGCAGAUCGAAAGUCUUGCUGAACAUCUUCCCCACGCUUGCAGAAAAUCGAAAGUCCCUAUUCGCCAAAUUGAUUGGGUCAAGAUGGAGACUACGAGACGACCUUCCCGUAGCUUUCGUGGUGUUGUGGCGGCUAUCAGUGCUGGGUACAGGUUUCAGCGUAUGAGCGGUAUGGGCAACAUUGGGAAAGAGCAGCCAGAUGGUUCAUUGAUGUCACCGGUGUCACUGAGGAGAAAGCGUGAACGGGGAAGCGGAUCCUCACUAAGCCGCUCAAAACGACAUGCAUCGAGCUCAGAUGGGACCCUUCUUUCAACUCCCCCAACUCCUAUCUCACCAAGGAGUAGUGGCACUGUGGGUGAUGGGCGAUCUUCAUCCGAAUGAAGUUGCCUGAAUGGGAGGCAGCUAGCCGGGAAUUUAGACGCGGCGAGAGGUCUGGGGGGCUUGUGUAAAUACGUGUAAAGGGAGGGAUACAUUGCGUUCACUAGAAAUCCAUAGCAGCUAGAAUUUGAGUACGGUUGUGAAUGUAUCCUGAGAGCCUGACUUUCAAUCUUGGAGGUGGGUUUAUCUCAGGUGCUCAGCCGACUGUGCAGAGAAGCUCGGAUCCCCUGAGGACCCUGCAACUAGGAGGGGACCCCUACUAGCUUCUUUAACGAUAAGGCCAGCCAAUCAGGGGCUUAAAAACGCAUUCUCUGUCCAGCUGUCUAAGAGACUUUUGUGAACUUUUAGGUAAUAUAGUUAUUACAAACCUCCUCCACCAUGCACUAGCUUAAAUAAGGAUUAUUAUAGCUCUACUACUAUACCUCUAAAC